CUUGCAGCAAAUCGAUUCUAACAACACAACUAAAAUCGUUGUUUGUGCAUAAGCUUCAACACAAUAAAACUGGCGUAUGCCGGCCCCGCAAUUAUCAUAAGCUUCAGCCUAUGCCUAUGCCUCCUUCUUCUUCUUCUUCCCAGAUGCAACAAGAAUUUUGAUACGACUAUGCCGUUUUCUUCAGCUCUACCACUACGACUACGACGAUCCUGUUCCUUCCCCUCCGUCGUCCAACCAUUCUACUUCCGCCUCCUCUCCACCGCACCACCUCCACCUCCACCUCCUCAAUCUCCCCAUAUCCACAACUCUUCUUAUGACAACGCAAAAUCCAAUUUUCUAAGAUGGAUUUCGGCCGGUGUAAUUGCCACCUCUACCCUUGCCCUUUCCCUCUACUCAUCUUCUCUUAAUUCCCAAUAUGUAUCCUUCGCUGACUGGUCAACGCCCACCACCCCCGCCGCCGCUCUUUCACCCUCCUCUCCGCAUAAUCAAAAUGAUCAAUCUAACUUUCUCUUUGGAGAAGCAUAUAGACGGAAAGUAUUCUUUAACUACGAGAAACGCAUCAGAAUGCGGAGUCCUCCGGAGAAGGUGUUUGAGUAUUUUGCAUCUGUUCGUGGUGAUGAUGGAGAAAUUUUUAUGACACCAGCUGAUCUGAUGCGAGCACUUGUUCCCGUAUUCCCUCCUUCUGAAUCGCACCUUGUAAGAGAUGGAUAUCUCAGAGGGGAAAGGAGUCCUGGCGAAUUGCGCUGUUCACCAUCACAGUUUUUUAUGCUCUUUGACACAAAUAAUGAUGGCCUAAUAUCAUUUAAAGAGUACUUAUUCUUUGUUACGCUCCUCAGUAUACCAGAAUCAAGCUUUUCAAUAGCAUUCAAGAUGUUUGACAUUGACUGCAACGGGGAAAUAGACAGGGAUGAAUUUAAGAAAGUGAUGAAUUUGAUGCGAGCUCAUAAUAGGCAAGGGGCUGUCCACAGCGAUGGGCUUCGAGCAGGGCACAAGUUGGGUGGUUCAAUAGAAAAUGGAGGCUUAUUGGAGUACUUCUUUGGGGGUGACGGCAAGAAACUUCUCCACCAUGAUAAAUUUGCCCAAUUCUUGAGGGAUCUUCAUGAUGAAAUGGUGAGGUUGGAGUUUGCUCAUUAUGAUUACAUGCUACGAGGAACCAUAUCUGCCAAGGAUUUCGCACUCUCCAUGGUUGCAUCUGCUGAUUUGAAGCACCUCAAUAAGCUGCUUGAUCGCGUUGAUGAUUUAGAUAAUCAGCCACAUCUGCAUAAUAUUCGCAUUACACCUGAGGAAUUUAAGAAUUUUGCUGAGCUGCGAAGAAAGUUGCAACCCUUUUCUCUUGCACUUUUUAGUUUUGGACAGAUAAAUGGGUUGUUGACAAGGAAGGAUUUGCAGCGAGCUGCUGACCAAGUCUGUGGGAUCUCUCUCACUGACAAUGUGCUUGAUAUUAUCUUCCAUGUGUUUGACGCUAAUCGGGAUGGGAGUUUAAGUUCAGAUGAGUUUGUUAGGGUUCUGCACAAACGGGAAAGAGAUAUUGCUCAACCCACAGAGGCAGGUGUUCUUAGCUUUUUAUCGUGCUGUUGGCAUUGUUCGAGUGCCCACUCGCUUACUCGGCUGUUAUCUUGAUCACAUUGUUCACAGAGAAAUAUCCGGUCCCCAGAAUUUUAAUUUAUAUGGCAGUUGUCCUUGAGAGACCGCAAAUAGUGUGGUGUUAAGUGGUGGCAUUCCAUACCGCCUUUUCUAUGUUUUGAUAGGCUGGGAAGUUGUGUUUGUAAUGAAUGGCUUAGAAGGUAAAGUUGAACCAAGUUUGUUUCAUGUGCGGCGUGUGGGGCAAGGGAUUCAGUUUUGACAUGUAAAGAUAUGUAUACUAACAGGUAGGAUUUUAGUAAUGAUGUGCAUAUGCCUGGGCUAUGGGCUAACAUAAACCAGAAGUUUGAUUGUAUUUGUUUUAUCUGGAUGGAAUACUGAAGCAAUGAGGGGUUUGAGUGAGUA